CAGAACCCGACCCAUUUACCACUUCCGCUCCCACUUCCGGCGCUCGGCAUCGUCUCUCUCGUCUCCGGCCGCAUCCAUGGCAACGGUGCUGGCGGCGGAGGCCAUGGACGUCGAGGCACCGGCGCGUCCCCCCAGCGCCACCACCGCGCCAAAGCCACGCUCCCUUCACGACCUCCUCGCCGAGACCCGCGCCUCCGUCGAGGAGGUCGCCGCCCGCAUACUCGCCAUCAAGAAGGACGGCGCCCCCAAGUCCGAGCUCCGCGAGCUCGUCGCGCAGAUGUCCCUCCUCCUCAUCACGCUCCGCCAGGUGAACAGGGAGAUACUGAUGGAGGAGGAUAAGGUGAAGGGGGAGACGGAGGCGGCGAAGGCGCCCGUGGACUCCACCACGCUGAGGCUGCACAACCUGCUGUACGAGAAGAACCACUACGUCAAGGCCAUCAGGUCGUGCCUCGACUUCCAGACGAAGCACCCGGGGAUAGACCUCGUCCCCGAGGAGGAGUUCCACCGCACCGCGCCGGCUGACAUCCGUGACAAGACUCUCGCGGCGGACACCGCCCACGACCUCAUGCUCAAGCGCCUCAACUUCGAGCUCGUCCAGCGUAAAGAGCUAUGUGAGCGACAUGAGAAAUUGGAACAACAGAAGAACAGUUUGCUGGGGACAAUUGCAAAUCAGAAGAAGUUCCUUUCAAGCCUCCCAUCGCAUUUGAAAUCACUGAAGAAAGCAUCUUUGCCAGUGCAGCAGCAGCUUGGGAUGCUGCAUACUAAGAAAUUAAAGCAGCACCAUGCAGCUGAGUUGCUCCCAUCUCCUCUUUAUAUAACUUACACCCAGUUGUUAGGACAGAAAGAAGCAUUUGGCGAGAAUAUUGAAGUGGAGGUAAAUGGAAGCACAAAGGACGCUCAAACUUUUGCUCAACAGCAAGCCAAACAGGAAAUGGCAGGUACUUUGGCAAAUGAUGAUAGUAAUAGGAUGGACGAUGAUGCAAUUGAUGAGGAAGAAGAUGCUCAGAGAAGAAGAUCAAGGUCUAGGAAGAGUUCAAAGGAAGCUAGUAAUCCUGCAUUAGCAUAUCAACUUCAUCCACUCAAAGUUGUUCUCCAUGUAUAUGAUACUGAAGAUCCUGGAACCAAGCGUCGUAAGCUCAUCACUUUGAGGUUUGAAUACUUGGCAAAGUUGAAUGUUGUCUGUGUUGGAUCUGAAGAUUCAGAUGGAAUGGACAGCAAUAUCCUGUGCAACCUAUUUCCAGAUGACACCGGCUUAGAGCUGCCUCAUCAGAUGGCUAAGCUUUAUGCUGGGGAGACUCCAAAUUUUAGUGAAAAGGAUUCGCGUCCGUACAAGUGGGCACAGCAUCUAGCUGGUAUAGACUUCCUCCCGGAGGUUCCUCAAUCUGUUGGGGAUAGUUCUAACAGAGCGUCGAGAAAUGCUGAUUUGUCAUCUGGGCUUGCACUAUACCGUCAGCAGAAUCGUGCACAGACUAUUUUGCAGAGAAUCCGCUCUCGGAAAAUUGCACAAAUGGCUCUCACGUGGCAACUUAGUUAUUUAACUAAGCUGAGGUGGCCUCACAUAGAACACGAGAAUACACCAUGGGCAUCACGCACCCCAUCGUGUAGUAUGCACAGUUGGUCAUUGACAGGAGUUUUUCCUGAGCCUUCGGCUCGUUCUGCUUUAGUGGUGAGUGGGCCUGCAGGAAGUGUUGACAGUGAUUUGGAGAGAAGAUCUGUGACAAAUGGGCAAGAAACCGAGGGUAACAGAGAGGAUGGUGAGCUUCCAAUUGUGGUUCACUCUGAAGAUAUGCCAGAUGAUUCUAAAGUAUCACAGGCAGAGGUCUCACCUGAAGUUCUAAACCAUUCUAGAGGCUUAUCUCUUAUAUCAAAGGGCUCUGCACCAUCUAAGCUAAGCAUCUCACACAGUUUUGGUAGAAAUGAGGAUGAUCUUGAUUUCUUAAUGGACAGUGACAGUGAGUUGGAGGAGCUGGCAUGUGCUGACCAAGAAACUGAGCAAGGUAGCCUCACUAUAGAUAAAUCCUGGGAGGAUUAUGCUUCCAGAGAGUUCACCAUGGUCUUGAGUAAAACUUUGAAGAAUGGUUCAAAAGUCAUGCUGGAAGCCAAGAUUAAAAUUAGCAUGGAGUAUCCUCUUAGGCCACCACUUUUCAGAUUGCAGCUGGUUUCUGAAAAGACCGGAGAUUUGAAAUGGCACAAUGAUCUUCGUGCAAUGGAAGCUGAGGUGAAUCUUCACAUCCUCCGAAUUCUUCCUCGGUCGUACGAGGACUAUAUAUUAACCCACCAAGUUCUGUGCCUGGCUAUGUUAUUUGAUAUGCAUUUGGACGAGGAUCACGAGAAAAGGAAAGUUACUUCAGUGAUUGAUGUCGGGCUCUGCAAACCAGUCAGUGGAACCAUGCUCACUAGAUCGGUCAGGGGGAGAGACCGCAGACAGACCAUCUAUUGGCGAGGUGACGUUUGCUCUAGUUAUUUGUGAUCUUGGUUGAUCGCCAGUUGAGUUUGAAUGCAUAUCUUUUGUCGUUUGGAGGAAAACGAAGAUGCUGAAACUGCCUUUCCAUGGCACUGAGAAACCUUGUUUCGGUACUGGAACUAACAUGGUCUGACAACAGUAGAAGCUGCCAAGCUUGCCCACGCUGGCUGGAGAGAGAUGCUUCCCUGUUGCCUGACGAUAGUUUUCUAACCAUUAUGGCAUUAUGAUGUUUGAUAUGCAAUCACAAGAAUACCGAAACUCGUGGUGCACUUUAUCUUGCUUGAUUUACAUGGAACUUUGCAACUCCAGCAGACUUGGUACAUGCAGCAUCAAGCAACAGACAGAUUGCACGCCUGCGUUGCGUGCCUUGAUGGUGGUGGUGCUGCUGCUGGUCAGACUUGCUUGUUCUUGCUGAAAUCUUCCAAGCCAGACAGAGACGGGUUUCGUUCUUGCGAUUGUGUAAAUUAUAAGUUCCCAAACUGUAUGUUUAAUCUGAACUACCAAAUCGUUGCAUUUUUC